AUGGCUUCUUCAAUAGUGACCUCAAGCUUGAAGCCUUUAGCCAUGGCGGAUUCUUCCUCUUCCACCAUUUUCUCACAUCCCUCAUUCUCCUCCACUAUCUAUCCCUCCAAAACCCGCUGCUCCAGUUUCUCCCUACUCACCGGACGCACUAACCUCCCGCUCUCUUUCUCCCGCUUCUCCCUCUCUCUCAAAUCCAAAACCCACCUUAAAAAGACCCCCUUUGUUUCCUUCGUCGCCCAGACUUCGGAUUGGGCUCAGCAGGGUGAGGAAGAAGGUGGGGAUGGGAGCGCAUCGGUCGCCGUUGAGGACAACGAGCCAGAAGCCGCCACGUUUUUGGAAGGGGAAGGAGAUGCGAGCGAAGGAGGCGGUUUCCCGGAGCCACCGGAAGAAGCGAAGCUCUUCGUCGGAAACUUGUCUUACGACGUUGACAGCCAAGCCUUGGCUAUGCUCUUCGAGCAAGCCGGUACAGUUGAAAUCGCCGAGGUUAUCUACAAUAGGGAAACCGACCAGAGUCGUGGGUUUGGAUUUGUGACCAUGAGUUCAGUGGAAGAAGCUGAGACAGCUGUUGAGAAGUUUAACCGUUAUGAUCUGAAUGGACGGCUUCUGACAGUAAACAAGGCAGCUCCCAGAGGAUCACGCCCAGAACGCCAACCUCGGACAUACGAACCGGCGUUCAGAGUCUAUGUGGGGAAUCUACCAUGGGAUGUGGACAAUGGUCGUCUAGAACAACUUUUCAGUGAGCAUGGCAAAGUUGUGGAAGCUCGUGUGGUUUAUGACCGUGAGACGGGACGUUCACGUGGCUUCGGGUUUGUCACAAUGUCUAACGAGGCUGAACUCAACGACGCUAUCGCUGCUCUUGAUGGACAGAACAUGGAGGGUAGAGCAAUCAGGGUGAACGUAGCGGAGGAGCGUCCUAGGCGUGGAUUUUAA